AGUAAUACUAACAGUAACACAAGUCGUUCUCAACAAAUUUGCUUUCAAUUUUGCAAUUAUAAUUUCUUGUCACAAAAUGAGGACAUAUGAUGUGUUUGUGAGCUUCCGCAGUGAAGACACACGCAACAACUUCACUGGUUUUCUUUUCCAAGCUCUCUCUAGAAAAGGCAUUGAUGCCUUCAAAGAUGACAAAGAUCUCAAGAAAGGUGAAUCCAUAGCACCAGAGCUGCUACAAGCCAUUGAAGGAUCUCGCCUUUUUGUCAUGGUCUUUUCGAAGAACUAUGCUUCCUCAACUUGGUGUUUGCGGGAACUGGCAGAGAUCUGUAAUUGCAUUGAAACAUCGCAGAGACGUGUUCUGCCUAUUUUUUAUGAUGUUGAUCCAUCUGAAGUGAGAAAGCAGAGUGGAUAUUUUGAGAAAGCCUUUGCUGAACAUGAGAAGAGAUUCAAAGAAGAUAAAAAGAAGAUGCAGGAAGUACAGGGAUGGAGAGAAGCUCUGAAACAAGUGACAAGUGACCAAUCUCUCUGGUUGGGAUAUUAGAAAUAAGUAUGUAAUCCUCUCUUACUUAUUUUCUCGAAUUUCUUACCCAUUUUUAAAUUAGUGUUGAGAGAAAUUGAAAGAGGUAACAUGCACAUUGGGUUGAAAUUUAUACGUACAUGUUUAAUGCAAAUAUGUUAAACUUCUUCUGCGCAUGUACCUAUUUUGUUUUGGUUCUCUUUGGUGAUGAUUUUGCAUUCUUCAUUUUCUUUAAA